GGAAGAAUACAAAGUUCUAUACCAGAGUUGAUCGUUGAUGGCACGUAGAGGCUGCUCAUUGGCACUGAUUUUUAUAAUCAUGUGGCUGUUGAUUAAAGCAAAAAUAGAUGAGUGCAGGAGGGGCGAUGUGACUGUGACGCCUUCCCGUGUAAUUUUACUUGGAUCCACUGUCAAUAUUUCAUGCACUUUGAAGCCCAGACAAGGCUGUUUGAACGCUUCCAGACAUAACAAGUUAAUCCUGUACAAGUUUGACAGAAGAAUCAAUUUUCACCAUGGCCACUCCCUCAGUUCUCAAGUCACAGGUCUUCCCCUUGGUACAACCUUGUUUGUCUGCAAAUUGGCCUGUAUCAAUAGUGAUGAAGUUCAAAUAUGUGGAGCAGAGAUCUUAGUUGGUGUUGCUCCCGAGCAGCCUCACAACGUAUCCUGCAUACAGAAUGGAGAACAAGGGACUGUGGCCUGCACCUGGGACAGAGGACGAGACACCCACCUAUACACCGAGUACACUCUACAGUUAAGUGGACCAAAAAAUUUAACCUGGCAGAAGCAAUGUAAAGAUCAUUAUUGUGACUAUUUGGACUUUGGAAUCAACCUCACCCCUGAAUCACCUGAAUCCAAUUUCACAGCCAGGGUCACUGCUGUCAAUAGUCUUGGAAGCUCCUCUUCAUUUCCAUCCACAUUCACAUUCUUAGACAUAGUGAGGCCUCUUCCUCCGUGGGACAUUAGAAUCAACUUUCAAAAGGCUUCUGUGAGCAGAUGUACCAUUUAUUGGAGAGAUGAGGGACUGGUAAUGCUCAAUCGACUCAGAUAUCGACCCAGUAACAGCAGGCUCUGGAAUGUGGUUAAUGUUACAAAGGCCAAAGGAAGACAUGAUUUGCUGGAUCUGAAACCAUUUACAGAAUACGAAUUUCAGAUUUCCUCUAAACUACAUCUUUGCAAGGGAAGUUGGAGUGACUGGAGUGAAUCAUUGAGAGCACAAACACCAGAAGAAGAGCCUACUGGGAUGUUAGAUGUCUGGUACAUGAAACGGCACAUUGACUACAGUAGACAACAGAUUUCUCUUUUCUGGAAGAAUCUGAGCAUCUCAGAGGCAAGAGGAAAAAUUCUCCACUAUGAGGUGACCUUGCAGGAGCUGACAAGAGGGAAAGCCGUAACACAGAACAUCACAGGACACACCUCCUGGUCCAUAGUCAUUCCUAGAACCGGAAGUUGGACUGUGGCUGUGUCUGCAGCAAAUUCAAAAGGCAGUUCUCUGCCCACUCAUAUUAACAUAACAAACCUAUGUGGGGCAGGGUUGCUGGCUCCUCUCCAGGUCUCUGCAAACUCAGAGGGCAAGGACGGCAUUCGGGUGACUUGGCAGCCUCCCAGAAAAGCUCCUUCUGCUGUUCAGGAGUACGUGGUGGAAUGGAGAGAGCUCCAUCCAACGGGCGACACACAGGUCCCUCUGAACUGGCUGCGGAGUGCCCCCUACAAUGUGUCUGCUCUGAUUUCAGAGAAUGUAAAACCCUACGUCUGUUAUGAAAUCCAUGUGUAUGCACUCUCAGGGUAUCAAGGAGGAUGCAGUUCCACCCUGGGUAACUCUAAGCACGAAGCACCACUGAGUGGCCCCCACAUUAAUGCCAUCACAGAGGAAAAGGGGAGCGUUUUAAUUUCAUGGAACAGCAUUCCAGUCCAGGAACAAAUGGGCUGCCUCCUCCAAUACAGGAUAUAUUGGAAGGAACGGGACUCCAACUCCCAGCCGCAGUUCUGUGAAAUUCCCUAUAGAGUUUCCCAAAAUUCACAUCCAAUAAACAGCCUGCAGCCCCAAGUGACGUAUGUCCUGUGGAUGACAGCUCUGACAGCUGCUGGCGAAAGUUCCCAAGGAAAUGAGAGGGAAAUUUGUUUGCAAGGUAAAGCCAAUUGGAUGGCGUUUGUGGCACCAAGCAUUUGCAUUGCUAUCAUCGUGGUGGGCAUUUUCUCGACACAUUACUUCCGGCAAAAGGUAUUUGUUCUCCUAGAGUCCCUCAGACCUCAGUGGUGUAGCAGAGAAAUUCCAGAUCCAGCAAACAGCACUUGUACUAAGAAAUAUCCCAUCAUGGAGGAGAAGACACAGCUGCCCUUGGACAGGCUCCUGACAGACUGGCCCACUCCUGAAGACCCUGAACCCCUGGUCAUCAGUGAAGUCCUUCCUCAAGCGACCCCAGUCUUCAGACGUCCCCAUGGCUCCAACUGGCUACAAAGGGGCAAAGGAACCCAAGGUCACCAGACCUCUGAGAGAGACAUGAUGCCCAGUGCCUCAAGCCCACCACCUUCAAGAGCUCUCCCAGCUGAGAGGAGACAACUGGUAGAUCUGUACAAGGUGCUGGAGAGCAGGGGCCCUGACUCAAAGCCAGAAAACCCGGCCAGUCCCUGGACGGUGCUCCCGGCGGGCGACCUUCGCGCCCAGGAUGGCUACCUACCCUCCAACAUAGAUGAUCUCCCCGCACACGAGGUGCCUCUCUCUGACUCCCUGGAAGAACUGGAGCCUCAGCACAUCUCCCUUUCUGUUUUUCCCUCAAGUUCUCUUCACCCACUCACCUUCUCCUGUGGCGAUAAGCUGACUCUGGAUCAGUUAAAGAUGGGGUGUGACUCCCUCAUGCUCUGAGUGGUGAAGCUUGAAGCCUGGAAAGUCAGCUUGCCCCCAACCAGCACAGCCUGCCCCAACUCUCCCAGCCCCAACGCCAGCGGCUGUCAUCUCUGGGUUCCACCAUCAGUCUGCCUGCAGCUAGAGGACAGGCAAGCCAGCUCUGGGGGGUUCUUAGGAACUGGGAGUUGGUCUUCACACAGAUGCCUCGUCUUGCCUUUCCCAGGGCCUUAAGUUUACAGCCUUCACCAUGUGGACUUAGA